GGCAAUCUCGCAGCUAUUAGGCCAAGUCCACAUCCGAAACACUGACGAUUUGUUAUCCAAUGAACUGAAUGAAGGUCAGCAACUGAGAUCAGUCUGGGAAGUUGGGGAGUGACUGGAGACGGAGGACGAUUUUCUCUAGGAUCUGUUUGCCUCCUCUUGCCUCCCCCUUCCGGCUCCCACUUGGUAGCAUCUUCUUGAUCCCCUUAUCUCUUAAGACGCUCAGGAAAAUGCCCCCCUGCAGGAACCUUCUGGAAAAUGCUGCCCUGGCCGCCCAGGAACCAUGAGUCCUGCAGCCCCGGUUCCGCCUGACUCCACCCUGGAAAGUCCUUUUGAAGAAAUGGCCCUGGUGAGGGGCGGCUGGCUGUGGAGACAGAGCUCCAUCCUCCGCCGCUGGAAGCGAAACUGGUUUGCCUUGUGGCUGGAUGGGACCCUGGGCUACUACCGUGAUGAGACUGCGCAGGACGAGGAGGACCGCGUGCUCAUCCAGUUCAAUGUCCGCAACAUAAAGAUCGGCCAGGAGUGCCACGAUGUGCAGCCCCCAGAGGGCCGGAGUCGAGACGGCCUGCUGACUGUGACCCUCCGGGAGGGCUCCCGCUUGCAUCUGUGCGCAGAGACCAAGGAUGAUGCCAUAGCGUGGAAGACGGCGCUGCUGGAGGCGAAUUCUACCCCGGCCCCAGCUGGAGCCACCGUCCCUCCCAGGAGCCGAUGGGUUUGCCCCAAGGUCAGGUGUGUGACCCGCUCAUGGAGCCCAUGUAAGGUUGAGAGGCGGAUCUGGGUGCGUGUCUACAGCCCGUACCAGGACUACUAUGAGGUGGUAACCCCUAAUGCGCACGAAGCCACAUACGUACGCAGCUACUACGGACCGCCCUACGCCGGCCCCGGCGUGACGCACGUAGUAGUGCGGGAGGACCCCUGCUACAGUGCGGGCGCUCCGCUGGCCAUGGGCAUGCUCGCGGGGGCCGCCACAGGUGCCGCGCUCGGCUCGCUCAUGUGGUCGCCCUGCUGGUUCUGAGCCUUGGGACUGGGAGCCUGGAUCCUGUGCAUAGAUCAACAGAUCCCUUUUCCUCCUUGACCCCACUCUCCACGAUCUAAGCCCUGUCGUACUUUGGCUCCCUCUCCAUUAGUCCCACUCCCCUACUCUCACCCCUUGCGUUGGAAGCAGCUAUCAUCCAAGGCACAAACAUAGCUCGAAAUCCUAUCUACUGCCAGAUACCCCAGAAUUUUGUUAUAGUCACAUAUAGACAUGUUUCCCUCCUAAAUACACCGGACACAGAAAACAACUCAUGUGACUUAAAGUUCCCAGGUGCUGGAGAAAAGCAGAAGUACACAAACACUUGACAAGACAGAGUUAUCAAUCCUGUGACACACAAGGGUUAAGGACAGAAGGAGGUAGGCUAGGAGUAGGGUUGUUGCAAGAGUGCAGAGCAGUGAAUACCAUGGGCAUGUCCAAGGAAUUAAGAGUUCAUUUAGGCUGGAGUGGGGACUGGGCUUUGAUCACGAUGGCCCUCCAGGUUAAAGAGCUUGCUGGGUAAAGGGGAGAUGUGAGCUUUUUUUGAGGGAAGUUUCAUGAUUGCGCCUAUAAUGAAUAUAUUGCCUGUUAAUACCGACACAUACUCAAAUCCAAAACACUCCCUGAGGUUACCACCAUCCUUCCCAGUAUCAGCUUCCUGUUCCUUCAGCGCUCAGAAAACACUUGUUCCCCAUGUUCGGGUUGGUGCCUGGGGCAGCAAUUGAGUUGAACCUGGGGUCCCCUUGCAGAUGAGCUCUGUUCAGGACCACCAGCCCUAGGAUGGCACCUCCAUCAGGAAAGACAUUCCUGGUCCCCAGGAACUUGGCCCUCUGUCCAUAACUAAGGCUGUCACCAUCUUAGGCUUUGUCUCUUCACUCUGGGGGAGAUGGCAGUGCUCACCUCUAGGGCCUGAUCCAGUGGGAAGUCCCACAUGUGCCUCCCUGUAGAUGGACCAGCAAUCUCUCCAUUUGGCUCCCUUCCAAUUUCCUCUCCUACCCCGUCCUAAUAGAAGUGUUAACAUUCCUGCCCAGUAGCCAGAGUAGCCUGCUGAAGUUCCUUUGUAGGUAUGGGCUCCAGUGGCCCUGCUGCAGAGACUAAUAAAGAUCUGGUUGGCUCUUG